CAUCAUUUCUAAUAUCACUGUGUAGGAGAAGCAGCAGAGGCAAGAGAGAACUAAUGGGUAGGCUCUUAUUCCUAUUUUUCUUAAGCUCAGAAACAGGCUGUUGCUCCAUUAUUUUAUGAUUGCAGCACCGAUAUGCAUUCGUUGGGACCACCAGGUACCAUGGGAAUAUCACUACCAAAUGGCCCUUGGCAGUCACAAUGAUGAACAUAUCCUACCUGGUACACUGAAGCAUAUCAUUGUAGUGAGUAAAGGGACAAAUGGUUAAAAUAAUAGUUUAAUAAAGAGAUACACAUCAUUUCAGCCCAUUAGCUCUGAAUGCUGGGAUGCAGUAAUGGAAAUGCAUAUCAAUAUCAGCACUGUAGUGAUGAAGCAGCUCAAAGGGUAGGGUCAGCAGUGGGCUUGCCUCACCCUACCCGACCACCUGCUCAUCACCACCCUUUCAGCUCCAUCUGAGAGGAGAGCCCAAGUGUGUCAAGCAUAGCCGUAGAGCCUUACCCAACUCCUCAGCCCUCCCACCACCACUUUUGCAGACGAACAUGAUGUACGUGGUAAAAACGCUGGUGGAUGUCUGAUAUAUAUACCUCUGAGGUGUCGAGUGUAAAACCAGUGGAGCAAUGAAUGGCGGAAAGGACUGUGAGGCAGGAGAUGAGAGGCAGGUCGCCCCUGUACAGGUCCCCAUUGGUUGGCAGCGCAAGGUGGAGCAUGGAGGAGUGGUGGUUUACAUAAGUCCCAGUGGAUCUGUGCUGUCCAGCUUGGAGCAGGUAAAGACCUACCUGCUCACAGAUGGAACCUGCAAAUGUGGCCUGGAGUGUCCACUCAUCCUCCACAAGGUGUUCAACUUCGACCCAGGGGCUGCUGUCAAGCAGAGGACAGCUGAAGAUGUGAAGGCAGAUGAAGAUGUCACCAAACUUUGCAUUCACAAAAGGAAACUUCUGGCUGUGGCCACUUUGCACAAGAGCAUGGAGACACACCCACCUCUGUCACUGACAAGUCCAGUUGGAGGUACAUCAUCUGUGGUUACUGCGCAUUCCACAACUCAAAGAGCAAUAAGGAAUAAAAUCCAUGACGGCCCUCCUAACACUGUCAGACCUGACUGCAAGAGUCCAUUUAAGAUGAUGAUGGCAGCUGGACAACAGCAACAGAGGAUGUUUUCUCCCCAGGAGAUGGGUGCAGGCCAGACCGACCUCUAUUCUGGGUAUCCAAGAACUCAGAGGCUGGGCAGUGGAGAUCCAGGCCCAAAAUCCCCUUACCGUGCUGGCUAUGGAGGCAUGUUGAGCCCACAUCGCUCUGGCUCCAAGCUGUAUGGAGAUGGCUCACAGUCUCCAAGUGCAGACACUUUGGGCAGCCCUGAGAGCUUUUCAAGGACUAAUCCUUGUGGUUUUCCAGGAGUCAGCAGUCCCGGCUCUGUGUCUGUUCUUGGAAAUACUAGGACACCUCUUUCCCCACCAAGUCUGAUGCUCCAUGGCUCUCCUGCAGGCCAAGCAUCUUGUGCCAUGACAGGAAGGACUAGCACGCCCCUUUCCCCAACGGCCACUGCCAAAAGCCCUGUCAUGAACAUGAACAUACCAAGGGGAAACUUUCCCCCUGGUAUGGAUAUGGUCCGUGCAACAUUUCACCAUAAAACACAGCCUCCUGUCCAUCCUGUGCCACCACCUCCAUCCAUACAACCACCCUGUGCCCUUCAGAAAAGGCAGUUGACCUCUGAAAAAGACCCACUAGGCAUCUUGGACCCUAUACCAAGCAAACUUGUCAGCCAGCCUCCCACCAACCCCCAUAACACAUCCAACUUCCAGCCUAACAUCCACUCUCAGGUACAAAUGAUGAAUGUAAACAUACCCCCUCCAGCCAUUGUACCCUUGCCAAGCAACUUACCUUUACCUACAGUCAAGCCUGGACCUGUUGGGCAUGGUGGCCAUGUUCAAAGGACUCAACCAGGAGGCCCUGCUUCCUCUAUGUCACCCUCCCCUGUCACCUCCCCCGUUCACAUGUCUGGGCCUGCCUUAGCAAGAAUGGAGGCUUCCCCUCAUCGCUCCCGAUCUUCCUCUACAUCCUCUGAUCAUGGUAAUUUUGCAAUGCCUUCUGGGCACCAGGCUCCAUGUGGGACCAUGAAGGUCCCUCCUCGUUCCCCCAGGUCAGCUAUGGGAUCUCCCAGACCAGCCAUGCCCUCCAGCCCAUCCACUAAUAAAACGGACACCCUUCAUCAGUACAAAGAUGCCCAGUUGUUGCCUGGCAUGGGAAACUCCAUUGGCACCCAGCAGCAUGGUAACCCUAUGUAUUCACCCACCCCAUCAUCUUCCUCAUCGUCUUCAUUGGCAACACCUAGUGCUUCCCAGAAGGGCCAUCCUGGACUCCUGGGAAUGCCCCUUAACCAGAUUCUCAACCAACAAAAUGCUGCUUCCUUCCCAGCCAGCAGUCUCUUGUCAGCUGCAGCCAAAGCACAGCUAGCAAAUCAAAAUAAAUACAGCACUUCUGGCAACAGCUCUGCUGGGAUGACUGGAUGUGGGGUUAGUAUGGGAGGAGUGGGUGUCAACAGUGGAGGUAAUACAGGGAGUGGCGGGCAUUCAGGCUCUAUGAGUGCUCCUCGUGGCAUGGAGGGACACGGCACUUUAAAUCCCAUGCUUCCUCCAAACUCCAACAUGCUGCUUAACACUCCUGAAGGCCAGAGUGGUCGGGCAGCUCUAAGAGACAAGCUCAUGGCCCAGCAAAGGGACCCCAUGCGCAAAAGGAAGCAUUCAUCAGGUGGUGCUGCUGUUAACCAUGACAGUAGUAACAUGGUUUACAAUAUGAUAAAUAAAACAGGCAUGGGUGGGUCGCAUAUGCCAGGACCCAGUGCCACUGAGCAGUUAAGAAAGGUGGGUAGACUUGGAAAUCUUCCCCCAAACACCUCAAUGGCUCAGCUUCUUCAGUCAAUGAGCUCUCACAACUUUUCUGGAAACAACCAUCGUCCAGGUCUCGCCCCUGGCCCUGGACAAAGUCUUCAAGGAGCUGCCCAAUUACACUACAACGACAGCACGGGAAUUAUCCCGGGUGCCUCUCAGCAAAACUUCCAUACCCCUCGUAGGCUUCAGGGCCCAGGUGAUGCCAUGCAACACUGUCAGAACAUGGACAACUCUGGAGCCCAUCUGGUCUCACGUCAAGGACCGUUCCCUGACACAAUGGCUCAAAUGCAGGCCUCUUCCAUGAGUAACUGUGGACCAAUGGGGCCAAGUGGUGGACCAGUUGGUCCUGAUGGCCUGCCACUGGGACACCUCAACACUAACCCUCCUCCUCUUUCACAUCCUGGCCCUCACCUCUCACAACAACAUCUUCAUCACAAUAUGGUGCGGCCUAACAUGACGAUGCCACAGGGAAGUGAUGAUGGAGGCUGUCCACAGACCAUGUCUGACACAGGGAACCCAUCAUCCCUUGGCUGUGGUGUGGGAGGGCUUCAACCUCAUGUCAGCACUGGGGGAGGUCCCAUGUACCAGCAGCAGGUUCAUCCAGGCAUGCAGCUGCAGCAGGGGGUGGUGUCUCAUCCACCCUACCAAGGCCAACAGCACUGUUCUGACAACCCACCCUACACAGACAACAACAACAUGGCUAACACUGGCUCCAUUGCUUGUAUCUACCAGAAUUACCAGCAAGGAAUGUUGCCAAACCCACAAUUUUGCGAGGGGCAGCAACUCCAGGAGGUGGGUCUUCAAACAGGUACGCCUGGAUCAGAAAGGGGCCCUGGUGCAGGCCCAGAGUCGGUGGAUGCCAUUUACAGAGCUGUGGUAGAUGCAGCCAGCAAAGGCAUGCAUGUGACCAUAACAACAACAGUUAGUGGGACAACACAGGCAAGUCCAGUUCCUGCCCUUAGUGCCAUGAGUGCCUUUACCGCCUCAAUAGGGGAGCCUAUCACCCUUCCUCAAGCUGUUAGCACAGUUCUGCAUGGCCACCAAGAGGGAGAGUCGCUGUCCCAGCAUACCAAGCAGAGACAAGUGAGGCCAUGUCGGGGACAGAAGAACAUGGAUACAGGCAAGAGCACCCCAGAUGGCCCAGAGUCCAACGACUAUUUUCGUUCUCCUGGCCGUAGGACACCCAGAGGCCAGUGGGAUGGUGAGACACAGCAUAGGGUAGGCUAUGAUUCCCACAGCAACAACAUCGCUUGGGGAGGUGAGGAGUUUCUAGAGUGUUCUACACAAGUUAGAAGUAGUCCCUGCAGGGAUCGACCUGUCAGCUUGGCUCCUGCCCCACUCUGCCCAUCAGAUGGGACCAACGAUCAUGGUCUUCACACAGCUCAUGAUAAGGUCUUUCUUGAAGAUGGAUAUCGUUUUAACAACUGCAGCCGGGCUCCUGCUAACUACAAGGAGCGUCUUGAGCAGACAGUGGAGCGCUGUGCUCACAUGAAUGGCGGCACACCCCACUUUAACACUCGAGGUUAUGGAGAAGUCUUAGGGCCAACACGGCAGGAACUAACUGGUGAUGACCAGUCGCCCAGCUCCUCCACCAGCCUGGAGGGACCCUUGGCCACAGCCAAAGACUAUAGCCACUACAAUGGCCACUUCAAUGGUAUGGCCCCCAGCCCCUCAGACACAAAAAGCUUGAGCAGUGAAGAGGACUUGCGGCAACCGGACUCUCCUUCUUCAGAACUUCUCCAUUACCGUUCCAGGACCUUCAAUAUGGGGGAGUUAGUAUGGGGUCAGAUAAAGGGCUUCCCACCUUGGCCUGCCAAGCUGGCUGGGGACGAACAAGUGCACAACGCUGGUAUACAGCUGCGGGAGCAGGCAAAGGUGGAGCCAGAGAAACUUAAGACACUAACUCACGACUUUGAGGCACUUGACAGAGCAGCCAAAAGAGGCCUGAAGCCAGGGAAACUGAAUAAUCACUUGGAAGCUGCUAUCCACGAGGCCAUGAGUGAGCUGGACAAGAUGUCAGGCGCAAUCCCAUCCAGGGAUCGUCAGGUGAAGCUCCCGAAGCCUAAGAGGAGGAAAAUAUCCAGAUAACAUUGAAUGUGUCGGCCAGAAAAACGCCCUUGAAGCCUUCAGAGACUUUGUCCUUCAGCCUUGAUUGCGAUCUGAGCUCUUCUACAGGUGCUACACAUGGACUUUUCAGUGGUACAUCGUUGUUCCAUGACUGACAGACCACAUGAGGUGCUGGAAAAUUCCAAUCACCGUCAACAGUUUUACGUGCAGAAAGACAAAACAAAUCCAGAAAAACAAAAAAAAUCAAAAACAGUUGCAAUUUGUCUACUGCUCACUGAAUUACCUAUUUUUUUCUAGUAUAACAUAGUAAAAUAAACAAAAAAACUACAAGCAUUACCUUACAUAUUUAAGAAAAAUAGACAGUCCAAAUAUUUCUGAUACAUUUUGAAUAUGUACAUAGAUGAUCCUGAAAUUUCAUGCUAUUAAGAAGUGUAUGUAAAUAUUGUAAAAUGUCAUGUACAAGCGUACCUAAUGCACACUUUAUCUUUUAUUGUACAAAAACAAAGCAGAAGUGGGUAAACCAAUGUCUUGGUUUCUAUUCAAAAAUGCGGUUGCAUACGACCGCACGCAUAGGAUAAAUAAGAAUACAGCCUAAAGCUUUUAUAUGAUAAACCUUAAGACGUUUUAUUUUUCAUUUUAUUUUAUUUUUUUUCAUAUAAGGGAACAGCAGUUGAAACAGGCAAAGGUUCUUGAGUCCUCCAUCAUGGUAGUCACUUAACUCUGCUUGUGUUUGUUUUCAUGGAUAAGAUAUACCACAGAAUGAACUUUACCAGCAGUGAGUGUUCAUUGUCCCCCUCUCCCUCGACACAUGGUGGUGAAUGACCAGGUGUUGGUCAAAUUGUCACCGUAACAGCAGGAAAAAAACUUAACUCAUGUAGAACUGUUUUUUUUUUUUCCCUCUCUCUCUCUCCCCUGAAUGGUGGGUAUUUGUUAUGAUGGGGGGAUCCACCCUUAGAAACCAUUCAAUGUAUUGUCAUACAGUUUGCUGUAAAUGUUGUGGUAACUGCAUCUUUGUAAGCAAUUGCAAAGAUACAAAGUUGAUGACUUAUCUCCACAGCUUUGAACCAGGUCUACUGCUCCAGCAUGGACACUUAAGCUGCACUUGUAUCGGAGGAUUCAGAGGAUGUGAAUUUGGAUGUAAAUUCAUCUUCAACAGACACCCCAAUUAUCAAAUCCGGUAAGAAACUAAUGUCAGGACUCAUGAAGUUCAUUUGUUCUAACAACACUCGUGCAGCUUGAUAACUGGCGUCAUAAUUAUUUGUAAUUAGUAUGAUUAGUGACAUAAUGCUGUUGAUGCCAUAUGUAGAGAAAUUGCACAACAAACAAGGCCCCAUUAGAGUCUCACACAUUACUAUUUUAGCACAUAAACAAUAAAUAUUUAGCACUAACUCUGCCUAGCUUAAAAUAGUGAUGCCUCAUUAAUCCUCCCAGUUGAGCCAAGAACUAAAGUUUACAAUUUGCUUUAAUGGUUGCCUGGUGUGAUUAAUGUUCACAUUUCAUUAACCUAGGCUUUUAAAAACUAACUUAAAGAUUUUUAGGAACGGUCUUUUUAGAAACUGACUAGAAAGUUAGGUCUAGUUGAUGAACUUUGAAAUCAUAACACAACUCAACUACCACUUUGUGCCAAAUUUAUAUUGAUUCAAGUAGUCCCCACAGACGCUUUAUCAUCCAUCAUCCUAUGAACAUAAUUGGGUUUUUGCAGUACAACUUCAAAAACAAACACAGCUGGGAGUAAAGUCAGACUAACUCAUGUCAAAGUAAAACUCAUGUCAUUGAAUUCUAUCAAGAUCUCCACUGUUGUCUCUGGGUGGAUUUUUUUUUUCUUAUUAUUCCUCUUUUCUAAAACCAAGAAUCACAGGCAGAAUUAAUGCUGCGUUUCACUGUUGUGGUUAAGUUCUCAGUCUCAUUUAUAAUGAGUGGUUUUGUUUUUAUUUCCAUGACUGUAUUCAUUUCUGACACAAACUGUAUAGCUUUAGGUAGAAUAACCAACCUCAAAGUUUUUAGAUUUUCAAAAAAAGACACUAACUCACAUUUCAAAAAGAGAUGACUUUUUUUUUUUACUUUUAGGGGCCUUUUGUGUAUGUUUCCUAUUGUUGUUUUUUGGUUGUUGUUUGUAAAUUAUUUAUGUACAGUAUUCCAUAUUUAUUUUAAGCUUUACAAAUAUGCUAGAUGGCAAUAAUACUACCAAGAGUUGAGAACUCAAGCCUUAUAUGUGUGUGUUUGUUUUGGCAGCAAGUGAGAUGUUCACGUGUUGGUCACACAGGUCAUUUCCUCUUAUAUUUAAGAUUUUACCCUUAAAACACAUUAUUCUCUCACCGGUUGUGUCCUGGGUUAAAGAAAAGUACAUAUUUGUAAAAUGUUUCAAUGCAGUUAAAACACUACAAAAGUUAGGUGUUUGGGGGAGAACUUGCAUAGUCAGCUGAUGAGAACCUGAUCCAUAGUGAUGUUUUUCCAACAGUCUCGAGUCACUAUGAUUGAUUUUUCAAGUGCAAUAUAUACGAUCAAUCAUGUUGAAACUACUGUUUCAUCAGUGUUUUAUAUAAUAACGUCCUGUGCACACUUUGAAAAAAGUUGACAACUUUUAUUUUGCCCGUCUUCCAAAUUCAGAAAAAAAAACCACAUUUGUUUACAAUUUUAUUUUAUCUCAACCAAGAAAUUCCUCCUUUCCUCAAUAAGUCAAACACUAAACCAUGACAAAAUAUAUUUCUAGCUGUUUAUACAUGUGCAGGUUAUCAAGUUUUACCAUAAAUAUUUCCAUUUAAAAUUCUUAUAGCUGCACAAAACUGCAAAAAGAUCCUAAUAUUGGCUGAGUGAACAGAUGUGUUCAUGUGUUGUCACUUUAAAAAAAAAACUGUACUGUAUUAUUCUGGUAAAUGCGAUUUCAACAUGUAACUGAAUUUUCUUUGUGUGGCGUGCACACUGGAAGAUUAGACAUUAGAUAAGAAAUUUUGGUCAUUUUAUGGUGCAAAUAACGGCAUGUUUUUUUAAGUCUUUAAGUCCAUAUAAUUCAUAUAUGAUGAACAUAGAACUAAUCAGAAUUCUAUGUUUCAAAUUUGAAAUGUCUUUGUUUCCAGACUGCACGUUUGUCAGAAUCUUUGGUAAAGUUCAUUCUGCCCUUACAUCCCCAACUUGUCCAUUUUGUUCAGUGAAAUGACAAGCAGGAACCCACUCUCCUUUUCCGUAAACCAUGUGUCACUGUUCUAAAAGAUGUCAAGUUAUUUAUGGUCAAGAAGUUUCAGAGCAUUCAGAUUUUUCAAUCGUUUGAAAACUCAUUGCGUCAGUUUUUCCCUCAUUGCUAUAACUGUGUGCGUGUGUGAUUUCUGUAGUUUUCCUGCUAGUGAACUUCAUUUUGAAAAUCCACUCUUCAACAAGUUACUCGUCAGUAUUUUGUUCUCGUUUCCAACUUGUAUUGAAUAAGUAUAUAUUUUGUCACUAAUAUAUACUUUACAAAAAUAGACUUGUGUGAAGUAUGAUGUGCACUUGACUGGUCUUUGUUUUCAUCAGUGUGGGGUAGGGAUAGUUGUUUUUUUUUUUUUCAGAGUCCAUUAUUUUGAGAUUGUUUGGACAUUUUUAUUUUAAAGAAAAUGGUUUGAUGUAAGCAGCAUUUUUUGUAAAUAUUGUGAAACAUUACAGGUCAUGCAGUGAUGUAACAUUUGGAACAAUGUUGCACAGAUGUUUAAGAUAUUAAAAAAAAACAUGUUCACUCUUAAA